CAUAUAUAUAUUUAAUUUUACUUACUUUUUUUAUAUCAUUAAUCAUCUCAGCUGUUAUCUGUCUACUGCUAUAUAUGGGCCUUCAUCAUAGACUGCCAUAAGCAACAUCCUAAACCACCAGCAUCCACUGACGCCCUGCAAUGAAUUUGAGGUCUAUCCCGCACUAGAUAUAGUGUGGCGUCAUCCUACACUGAGUUUGUCUGUAUAUGAGGAACCUGUCCAGUAAUCCCAUAGUGAGGGUCGAGCAAGGUAAACUGAAAGGUUCAACACAUAAUCUAUUAGAUGGAUCACCAUAUUAUAGCUUCAAAGGAAUAUCUUAUGCACAGCCACCUGUUGGGGAGCUGAGAUUUAAGGCUCCAUUACCUCCCAAGUCUUGGGAAGGUGUCUGUGAAGUAAUAAAACAUGGCCCAGUAUGCCCUCAAUUUGACACAUUAACUUCCCAACGGAUUGAAGGAAAUGAAGAUUGUUUAUUUCUCAAUGUAUACACAAAAUCACUUGCACCGAGUGAUAAAUUACCUGUUAUGGUAUUUAUCCAUGGUGGUGCUUAUUUGCAGGGAUCAGGUAAUUCAGAUGCGUAUGGUCCAGAUUUUCUCUUGCAACAUGAUGUUAUAUUAGUAACAUUAAACUAUAGACUUGAUCUACUAGGUUUCUUAAAUCUAGAUAUUCCUGAAGUAUCAGGAAAUGCAGGUCUCAAAGAUCAAGUUGCUGCUCUUAAGUGGAUAAAAAGCAAUAUAGACAAAUUUGGUGGCGAUUCAAACAAUAUAACCCUCUUUGGUGAAAGUUCAGGUGGAGUGUCAGUAACAUGCCAUUUAAUUUCACCAAUGUCGAAUGGCUUGUUCAACAAAGCUAUAGCACAAAGUGGAACAUGUUUAGAUGACUGGGUGAUCAAUAGAGAUGCAAAAUCGACAGCUUUUAGAGUUGGCAAAAUAUUAGGAAAACAUACUGAUAAUCCUAAAGAAUUAUUAAAAUUUCUUCAAAGUGUCCCUGCGACUGAUCUUUUGGGACUUACGUUUAAAAUCAUAACCGAAGAAGAGAAAAACAGAGGUUUACCUUUACUUUUUACUCCUGUUAUUGAGAAGAAGUUUGAUAAUGUGAAGUCUUUUUUAUCUGUGGAUCCACUUGAUGCUCUAGUUACUGGAGAUAUCGGUAAAUUUCCAAUAAUAACAGGUUAUAAUUCAUCAGAAUCCAUAAGUAUGAUUGGAGUCAUACGAAAGAAAGCAAACUUUAGAAGUAAACAUCCAGAAUAUCUUGUUCCCAAAGAAAUUAUGUACAAAGUAUCUACUGAGAAAAUGAAGGAGUUUGGAGAAUGUAUUAAGAGGUUUUAUGUGGGUGACAAAGACUUUACUGCUGAAGUGAUAGAAGCACAAAUAGAUAUGUUAUCUGAUAUAUAUUACAUAUAUAAUAAUAGUAGAUUUGUACAUUUGUAUAGUAAGUCAGACCAACCAAUUUACCAAUAUGUGCUUGAUUACGAUACUGAUUUAAAUUCUUUUAAGAAACUGUUUGGGAUGUCGCAUGUGAAAGGGAUGUGCCAUACUGAAGACCUAUUGUACCUAUUUUCUAGUAAAUCCACCAAGGAGCUAUACAAAGAGCAGGAAAGAGUUAGAGAAUUGGUGUUUACACUCACAAAGUUAUGGACUAACUUCGCUAAAACUAGUGAUCCAACGCCAGAUCAGAGCCUCGGCGUGAAGUGGAAGCCGUAUACAACAACGGGCGAGGAAUACUUACACAUUGGAGAGCCCCUGAUGUUGGAGCAUGCCGCCAACCGAGAGAGAGUCGAAUUCUGGAACCAACUGUACUGUGAAGCGGGACUCCCACACAUUGACACUCACAAAAGUUGAAGGUCCUCUUAAGAUCCCUGUAGGAGUAAACAAUGUAGAUUGCUUUAAACAUUAUUAGAAAUUUGAUCAAGAGAUAAAUUUAUUUAUUUAUUUAUUUAUUUUUUAAUACUGUAUUGCACCAAAAUUACAGGAUAUAUUGAAAAUUUUUCGAUAAGUAUAGUGUAAUACAAAAGGCGGUGUUAUUGCUAAGCAAUGUCUUCCAGACAACCUUGUCUUAAAUAUCAGUGCACUGAGAAAUUUUAUUCAUCUUCAACUUUCUUUUAUAACCAUAUAAGCUGCACUAUUUGUUCUUGAUUUUUAUUUUCGUGUGCUCAUUGCCCAUUACUCUGUACCUAUUUUUUUUUAUUUUAUAAUUUAAAUUAGAAAACCCAAUACAAUACGUCACUUAUAGAUGACGUAUGAAAUUAAAAAAUAUAGGUAAACCAGUUUUUAAACUAAGAACAAGGAAUUUUUUAAUUAGACCGUCAGAAAUACAACUGUCAAUACCGCCUACAAUUUUGUGUUAUUUUUGCGUGAUGCCUGAAUAAACACAUAGACAAAAUUAAAAAAAAAAAAAAACUUGUUUUAGCUUCUGUUGCUCUUAUUAAGUUAUAAUUUUAUUAUAUUUGUAAAAUAUAGUACACAAUUAGUACCUGUGUAUAUAUUGUUAUUAAAUAUUACCAUUA